ACAGGGGGGAUGGUGACGAUUGGGUGUCUUCAGCUCUUCGGUGAGCUAUUACCCCGCGUUGAUCCUCUAGCCGCCCAUAUUGCGCCGUGUGCAAUAAGGGGGUAUUAAAUCAGGCUGGGUCCCAUCAAAAUAAAUGCCCAAGAGCUCUACUCUUGAGUUGUCGGAGUCUUCAUUGCACGACGAAACGUACUUUGCUGUUCGAAGUUGCUGUUCAUCGAGGACAAGUCGCAUCCCACCUGGGAGGUAGGAUUGGCUUCUGCAUUGCCUUCAUCAUGGAGAAGAGAAAGCCGAAGCAGGCCGAUCCUUUGGGUGAAAAUGUUCAGCUUGAUGAAGCUGUCUUGGCAAAGCUUCCCGCAGGCUGCAAAGUACUCUCGGUGGCCCCGUCAGGCCAGAGCCUUUGGGUGGCCACAGUCAAGAUUGUGGUUCAACUGGAAGAUGGAACAAUAAGCGAGUACUUCAAGAAGGGAGCCCCAGGUGCGGUCGGGGUAGAUAUGAUGAAAGGCACAUUCGAAGCCGAGAACGCUCUAUACACAUUCGCACCAGGCCAGGUUCCCAAGCCCAUCGGCUGGGGGACGUACGCAAGUGACCCGGACACGCAUUUCUACCUCUGCGAAUUUGUGGAAAUGUACGACGACCUCCCUGGCGCUCGAGACUGGGCCACUUCAGUGGCGGAUCUUCAUCUCAACAGCAUGGGGAAAUCCCCAACCGGGGAAUUCGGUUUCCAUGUCACUACUCAUCUCGCCAACGUGCCAGUCGACAAUACAUGGAAUCCUUUUUGGGAAUCGUUCUGGGGGCAACAGAUGAGGAGCCUUUUCGACCACGAUGACCGCGUCCACGGCACAGACCACCAGUUGACAGCGCUCAAGACCGCGUUCCUUCACAAGGUAAUACCGAGAUACCUUGGUCCACUUGAAUCAGAAGGUCGAUCAAUCAAACCCUGUCUCAUUCACUCAGACCUAUGGCCUGGCAACAUCAAACCGAAGGCAUCAACAGACGAAUUGUGCUUAUUCGACGCAUGCGCCUACUGGGGACACAACGAAGCCGAUAUUGGUAUCUGCCGAAACCCGAGAUACAAGCUUGGCCAGCCCUGCAUCCGCGAAUAUCUUAAGCGGGUGCCAGCCUCCGAGCCCGCAGCGGAUUUCGACGGCAGGAACGCGGUGUACGCAAUGAAGUUCCAUACGCUACUGUCUGUUAUGUACUCCAAAGACAAAAGAUUUCGACAGACGCUCAAGAAUGAGCUAGAGGAGAUUAUCGGCAAGAUGGGACUGUCAAUGUCCGACGGGGAUGAUAAAAGAGACCCAUUUGUGAAAUUGUGAUGAUUUUUCAGCAUCGAAUCGUUAUUUAUUUCCUCCUAUUGCCUUAGUUGGUAGAUUCAAUCACCGGGGUUGAACACUUAGCUCUACUCAACAUGAUUUGAGAGAAAGUUGUCGAGUUGAAAUUGGCUUACAUUCCAUCUCGCCUCCAUGGCUGGGUUCAGACAAGUUGCCAUGUCGUGAGAUGAGGUGCAGUGAAUAGAGGAUUUGUUGAUGACAGUUUGAAGUGUGCAAGUUUGAUCACCCAAGUACCCAGCUCGAGAUAACAGUCAAUGCUCAACGCCACGGCCCCGUCCCCACGCCGCUAGGAUAGCGGAGACACCUUAGC